UUCACUGGCCGGCUUUUUUUUUUGCUAGUAGCCUAGCAUGUUUAACUGUCGCCAAACAACAAUGAUUGAAUUCCCACUGUAAUAUAAAAUCAACGCUUUCGUUUUAGCUGUUGUUGCUGAGUUUUUAUUUUCCUAAAAGCGGAGUAGAGUUCAGUUGAAUUACCCUUUCCGGGGCUAAAAAUACUCACUCACCAAAUUUGACAGUUCAGCUGCUGGAGCUAACGUUGGCUAGCUAACUCAGACAGCUGUCAGGCUCUGUUAACAGUGUUAGCUGCUAGUUUGGGAACACCUCCAACAGAAACAUGGCCGAGGCAGUCGCAAAUGUGGCCCGAAGGAUAAAUGCAACAGUUGAGGAGGGGAAAGAUAGUUUGGAUCUGUCAAACUGCAUGCUUGUUUCUUUCCCAGACGGUGUGUUCAAGGUCCUAAGGAGUGUGACAGAAGACAUCCGCAUUAUCACUUUAGCUGACAAUGAGAUGAAGGCCAUCUCCAGCAAGGUCUUUUCAACCUUCACUCAGCUAAGAGAACUUGACCUGCAGGGCAAUGUCCUUACCAAGCUGCCUGACAAUGUGAGAGAAAUGGAGCACUUGACCAGCAUUAAUCUGGCAAAUAAUCGCUUCUCCAGCUUCCCUGAUAAACUCACUGAAAUAGCUACACUGGAGAGAAUUAAUUUAGAGGGAAACACCAUCAAUGAGAUACCAGUGGAAAAGCUGUCUAACAUGCCGGCACUGAAGUGGCUAAAUGUAAAGUCGAACCCUUUGGACUCAAACACUCGGUCUGCUCUGCAAUCACCCCACAGUUUUGACAUAUUGACUUCAACAUAGUCCUAGAAUGUGUGAAGACACUAAAAAAGACUGCAUGCUGUGUGCCUUGAAUUAUUUUAGUUGGAUUCCUAUGCGUGCCUUAGGGAUUAGAGAACAUAUUAGAUGAUGAGCCGAAGAUAUCAAAGCCAGUUCAACUUCAACUUCAACUUUAUUGUCCCGUGAGGGAAAUUUGCUUUGCAUGCAGGUAAAAACAUAAAAUAUAGGGAAGACAAUCACACAAGUUUAGAUAAAACACUGAAAUGGACAAGUGCACAAAUACCUUCAAGGACAACUGAAGGCAGAACCAUCAUUACAUUGUAGUGAAAAUAGAAUGCAUCAUAACUGUUCACUUUUAAAAAAGUUUACAAAGGACAAGACUUCAGCGAUGUUUAGAGGUGGCAUCCUACUUGAUUCAGACACAAAAAGCUGCAAAUGGUGUUUGCAGGUGCAAUCUAUCUCAUUUUUCUUCAUCUCUUUCUUAAAAUGAUUCUGUCUCAGAUGAAAGUCUGAAACAAUUCCUUAUUUAUUACUUUUGAUAGAAUAAAAAAGGAUUUUUCAAAUAAAGUAUAUGC